UCAAUAAACAGCUGUCAACUCAAUCCUAUUAACGAAACGUCAUCACUUAUUGUCUAUCGAGUAAAAAUUGUCUUGGUUGCGUGGAAAAAUUGUGCAUUUUCAAAAUAAAUUUGUCUAGGCAUUCAUAAUGAUGUGGAAUAAAUAAAGUGUCAAUUGCAGUGAAGUGUGAGGCAACGGAAAUAAUUUGCAAUAAAGAGAUUCAUUUGUUCACUGGUUGCAGUGCUAGAAGAGGUGUGUGUGUGUGUGUUUGUGCUUCUGCUGCGGUUACUUCCGUAGCACAGAAGGAAAAUUUAAUACAGACGCAACGGAAUAAAAUCUAUAAAAAUGACAUUACCUGGUAAUGGAAUCUUUGUUGUGCGCGAGCAAAUGUCCACGCUGAUGACAGCGAUGCGGCGUGGCUCGCGAUGGAACUCAUCCGCUUACGUGGACGAGGAGAAGGAUAGUUUGAUGAAAAUGUUCGUUAAUCUUAAAGAGAUUUUAAGGAGCGUAGAGGAUUUAAGAUUAAUAGAGCCUAAUAUAUUUUUGGCGCCCUUCUUGGAGGUAAUACGUACCGAUGAGACGACGGGUGCGGUCACUAGUCUAGCGCUGGAGGCGAUUAAUGAAUUUCUAUCUUCAGGAUUAAUAGAUCCUACCUCACCCAACCUCGCCGUCACUGUUGAAAAUGUCGUCGAUGCUGUCACGCAUGCUCGUUUCAUGGGCACCGAUCAGUCAUCAGACGGCGUCACCCUCUUUUGCGUGGUCGAAGUUCUGCACACACUUAUGCGUUCGCCCGAGGGUUCAGUACUAAGUAACGAAGCGGUUUGUGAAGUAAUGCUCAGUUGCUUUAAAAUUUGCUUUGAACCGCGCCUCAAUGAGCUGUUGCGUCGUUAUGCCAAAAAAGCGCUCAAGGAUAUGGUAUGGCUUCUCUUCAUGCGCCUGCCUCAAUUCUCCGAAGAUCGUAAUGCAGCAAAUGUUUUACGUAAAUUCCAAAUGAUAGCUACCGCUAUGGAUCAGAGCAAAACCAAACAGCGAAAAAAGCCACCGAAAGGAGGGCAAGCAUCGGUGGCAAAAUCAGAAAUUCAGCGUAAGUUAUCAGCAACAGCUGCAGUGGAUCCGCAGAGCCCACAUUUGCAGGUGCCACACGUAAAAGCGGCACCCUUGGCCACUACACCUGCAACGCCGGCAGGCAAUAUACUCGAUAUGCAGGGAAAAAUUACGCAUACGCCCACCACAGGGCAGGGAACUGUAGAUGUUGAAGGUCCAGCAGAGCCUGCAAUAUAUGUAGAACAUUGUGGGGAGAAUGCCGACGGCACGGAAGGUGGCGCGCAAACGCAACCGUUAAUUGUUGCAGAGCAGCAAUCAAUCGAUGGCGGCGCCAUCUUAGCAACAACUGGGGUAGAUAGCGAGGAAAACGUGUUACAGAGCAAUAGUGGUGGAAGUAGUGAGUACAUCAAUUCGGUGGGUGUGCGUUUCACACAACAAAACUCGUUGGAUGGCUCGGAAGGCGUCGGAUCUUUGCUGCCCUAUGGCCUACCAUGCAUACAGGAGUUGUUCCGAUUUCUGAUACUACUGUGCAAUCCAUUAGACAAACAGAAUACGGACACCAUGAUUCAUAUGGGUUUGAGUUUGCUCACAGUGGCCUUCAAGGUGGGCGCAGAUAACAUUGGCAAAUACGAUACGCUGCUGGAGUUGGUUAAAGAUGAUUUGUGCAGAAAUUUGUUUGCAUUGAUGAACUCAGAGCGUUUAACAAUUUUUGCCGCUGAUUUACAACUUUGCUUUCUGUUGUUCGAAUCAUUGCGCGGUCAUUUGAAAUUCCAAUUGGAAGCCUACCUCAAGAAACUAUCGGAGAUUAUAUCAAGCGAUAGUCCUAAAACACCUUAUGAAAUGCGUGAGCUCGCCUUGGAUAAUUUACUGCAGUUGUGGCGAAUACCUGGUUUCGUCUCAGAACUGUACAUCAAUUAUGACUGCGAUUUAUACUGCACUGACCUUCUCGAGGGACUUGUCAAUUUACUCUCCAAAUAUACACUCUCCGCUACGAAUGCGCUUUAUAGCACACACAUUAUCUCACUGGAGACGCUGACUUCAAUCAUCGAGAGUAUUGAACAAAAUUGUGUUGCAUCAAAGAAUAUUAGUAAGGAUGAUACUAAUUCAUAUGCAGGCGUGUCCUCAUCUAGUCGCCAUUCACGUCACAACUCCGAAUUAGAGGGCAUCAUAAUUGAUGGCAACAACGAUGACAACAAAUCGGUUGUGGAGAACAUUUCCAAAUUUAUUAAUAGCUCAUCGCGUAUGCGCCUAGGCGCUGGUGGUAUACCUAACACAGGGCUAACGCGCGAGUUCCUAGCUAGUGUGAAGGAGAAGAAGCGUGUGCUGACACAGGGCACGGAGCUGUUCAAUCAACGGCCGGAUAAGGGCAUACAAUACUUGCAAGAACAUGGCAUAUUGAGCGCGCAACUCGAUCCCAUGCAAGUGGCUUUGUUUUUGCGCGAAAAUCCCGGACUAGAUAAGAAAAUGAUUGGCGAGUACAUAUCGAAGAAGAAGAAUGUCGAUUCGAAGAUUCUCAUAAAUUUCGUUGACUCAUUUGAUUUCUCUGGCCUGAGAGUGGAUCAAGCCUUGCGUUUGUAUUUGGAAACGUUUCGUUUGCCGGGCGAAGCGCCGCUAAUUUUCCUUGUGCUUGAACAUUUCGCCGAUCACUGGCACAAACAAAAUAACGAACCAUUUGCCAAUAGCGAUGCAGCUUUCAGUUUGGCCUAUGCCAUUAUAAUGUUGAAUAUGGAUCAGCAUAAUUUGAAUGCAAAGCGUCUAAAUGUGCCUAUGACACAGGAGGACUUCCUGAAGAACUUGCGAGGUUUGAAUGGUGGAGUCAAUUUCGAUGAGGAGAUGCUUUCGAGCGUUUUCAAUGCGGUCAAAAAUGAAGAAAUUAUUAUGCCAGCUGAGCAAACAGGUUUGGUGCGAGAGAAUUACUUGUGGAAGGUGCUUUUGCGGCGCGGUUGUGGCUCAGACGGCUUAUUUAAAUACGUGCAAGACUCUGCGUACGAUUUGGAGGUCUUCAAUUUACUGUGGGGCGCUUCGUUAAGUGCACUAAGCUUUAUGUUCGACAAGAGCAGUGAGAAUGGCUAUCAGCGUAUACUGUGUGGCUUCGCCAAAUGCGCUGGUAUAGCUGCUCACUACAAUUUGCAUGCCAAUUUCGAUGCUCUCAUUCUAACACUCUGUAAAUUCACCACCCUUUCCAAUCUGUCCCAGCCGGAGGCACCUACCGUGUCCAACAACGAACUCACACAAUCUGUUAAUUUCGGUUUCAAUGCAAAGGCACAGGCCGCAAUGCGCACUGUCUUCGCUCUGGUGCACGAUUAUGGCGAUUGCUUGCGUGAAGGCUGGAAGCAUAUCCUAGAAUUAUUCCUGCAAUUGUUCCGCUUGAAAUUGCUACCAAAAUCAUUGAUUGAGGUUGAGGAUUUCUGUGAGGAAAGCGGAAAAACGCAAUUAAAACUGGAGAAACCCAGUCAGAAGCAAGAGGCAGGUCUGUUCUCUAGUCUUUAUUCGUAUCUCUCUUCGGAGGGCCAACGUGAGCCCACCUACGAAGAACAAGAGUUCAUAAAGAUGGGAAAGAAAUGCAUAAAAGAGUGCCAAUUGGAUCAGAUGAUACAAGAAUCGAAGUUUGUGCAGCUGGAGUCACUACAAGAGUUGCUUCGGAAUAUUUUAACGCUAAUUAAACCGCCAACAGCGCAUAAAUUUGAAGAAGGUGUGCUCUAUACCGAAGACGUGGUUGUUUUCUGGAUGGAGUUACUGGUGAAAAUUGUCAUACAAAAUCGCGAUCGCAUGGUGCAUUUGUGGCCGGAUGUGCGUGAUCGCAUCUAUCUGCUGCUGAUAGGUGCCACCACCUACGACUAUGAAUACCUGCUCAAUCGCAGCACUGUGGCCAUACUGAAGUUGGCCAUAUACUUGAUGCGCAACGAGGAGCUGUGUCCCAUUGUGCUUCAAUCACUCAAGAUGCUUCUAACGCUAAAAUCGCCUGUUAUCUUGCGUAUUUCGCGCCAAAUUUCUACCGGUGUUUAUGAGCUGCUGAAGACUUCAGCACAAAAUAUACACUCCGAACAGGAUUGGCAAAUAAUUUUCACCAUAUUGGAAUGCGUGGGUGCUGGCGCAGUGCCACCAGAAAUUGUCGAUACCUUUUUGCCACAGCUGCCGUUGGAGUUAACUGGAGGCGCGAAUUCGGAGGGCACGCUGAGCAGCGAGGAGGACUCAGGUUUGCCUGAUCGCGGCUACAUAUCGGACACAGAAAUUAGUGUGAAGUCACAACAGCAAGCACAGCAGCAAAAGCAGCAACAGCAAACACAUUCGAACAUGAACAGUCCGUAUCCGUCAAGUCCAACCGCCGAGAAUUGGAUUUUAGUGAACAAAGAUAGCGAUUUGUCAACGCAAUCACGGCCACAAUCGCCACCGGCCGCUGCCACUGUACCCGCACCCACAUCCGCAGCGAAGCCUUCGCCUCUCAUCUACAAUUGCAAGCUGGACGAACACUCGCCCAUUGCGCUCUUGAAGUGCUGGGACUCGCUGGCGUUUAUUGUGCGUAACGUUGCCCAUAUCACACCCUACAAUUUCGAGUCGUGUGUGCGUUGCAUACGCACAUUCGUGGAGUGUUGCCGCGACGGAGGCAUCGCACAGCGUCGCAAGUUCGAAGCUGAGUUAGCGUCAAAGUCCACAACAGUCGCUGCUAAUGUUGCUGCGCAACGCCGUAGAGCAGCUGGUAAGCGCACCGAACGCGACGGUCAACACAAAGCGAGUGCUGGUGGUGAUUAUUAUGGGCAAGAUCAACGUGGGGGCGAUGCUAAGGAAGAGGAUUUGCGUCAGCGCUACGAAACGCUCUCUAUACAAUUGAUUGACCUCAUGUAUACGCUGUAUACGCGUACGGCACAGAUCUUUCGUUGGUGGGCGGAAGAGGAGUGCGCCGUGCCCCAGUGCUCAGCAUUGUGGGCGCAAGGUUGGUGCCCGCUGCUGCAGGGCAUAGCACGCUUGGCCAUGGAUCGACGGCGUGAAGUGCGCACCUAUGCCAUAUCUUGUUUGCAGCAGCGCGCUUUGUUGGUGCACGAUUUGCAGACAUUGUCCGGUGCUGAGUGGGCGUCGUGUUUCCAGCAAGUACUAUUUCCAUUACUCAACGAAUUGUUGCCUGAGUGUGCAUCAGUUGCGCAUUUGGACAUUGUGUUGUUAGAGGAGUCUCGCAUACGCACGGCCACUAUUAUGUCGAAGGUGUUUUUGCACCACCUAACACCGUUGAUAGAAUUGGGAACGGCAUUCAAUGAGCUUUGGGUUGAUAUACUGGACUAUAUCGAACGAUUUAUGAAAGUAGGUUCGGACAUGCUAUCGGAGCAGAUGCAGGAAAUACUGAAAAACAUGCUGCUAGUGAUGCAUUCGGUGCGUGUGUUCCACAACGAUGAUGGCACGCUCCAACUACCGUUGUGGGAGUUGACCUGGAGGCGCAUUGGCGAAUUUUUGCCGAAUAUCAAAGAAGAGUUAUUUCAUGACGAAGAUAAUCGCGCUCAAGUAAUGUCUGUGACCAAUGCCACAUCGCCUCCACCACCACCACCAGCAGUGCCAGCUGAAAGUCCAAACUCACCAACAGAAGCGCAAACAUACAUGCAUCCAUUGCUGUUGCCACCCGCGCCGCUGGUACUGCCAGCCGAUGCACAGUCGUCGAAUACGUUGAAUGGUGCCGUGGAAGUGACUUACGCGCAACGCCCCAACUCUGCUGAGCUGUUAUCAAGUGCGCAGCGUUACAAUUUAGGGGCAUCAUCUCCGCGACACUCAUUGGCCGCUUCGCCCAUCACCACCAAUCCGCUGCUGCUCUUGGGUGAUGCACCAAUGUUAGUGCGUCCUGUGCCUACUAUUGUAGCGAAACCCAUACCGGACGUUUCCACAGCCGCUGGUGUGAUGCCUAUAGUGUCGGUUGCUACAACAUCUGCUCCUCCGCCAGUUGUGGCUGCUAUCAGUUCGCCAGCCAGUUUACCCGAUUUAGUUCAUGACACACCUCAGUUGGCCGAAAAUACGUUAGUAGCCGGCCAAAAAACUGAUAAUCAGACAAAGAGCGCGUUGCCAACACAAACACAGUGGAACCCACAACCCAUGGCCGUCAAAAAUAGUGUGCAAAAUAACAUUUACAACAGUAACUCAUUCUCUAUUGAGCUGCCGGAAACGCCACCUACCGUAGCUGGCGCAAAUGCCGAGUUAACACAAGGGCAACAUCAUGAGCAGCAACAAUAUCCAGAUUACACCAUUGCUCAGGAAGCUGCUGCACAAAAGCAGUACUCGCAGCUAUUACUUCAGCAGCAACAACAACAACACCACCAACAACAGCAGCAACAACACACUUUAUGCAAUCAACAUUUGCUUGAAGGACACAACUCCGCCACCACACAAACAGUCGAUGUGCAGGAGAAAACACAACAACAACAACAGCAACAGGCUGUAGACCCAAAGGCGGCCAAUAAUGUGCCAAUAACCACCCCACACCAUUUCUACGCCAGUGGUCAGUACCUUGCUAUGCAAACUGCGAAACAACAACAACAACCGAAUCCUGCCGUUAUACAGAACUUUUCGUCGUCACCCUCAAUGCAAUAUCCCACACUACAACAACAAAGUGGUGAAACGGAUAUAUAUCAGGAAUACAUUACUAAUCCUUACAAUUUGGCGACACCCGCUGGACAUUCGGAGAUGGCGCAUCCACCAACGAUGACGAAUGUUUUCGCCUCUCCAGCGAGUUACUUCAAUGCUAGCGUAGAUCCCAGCUCAAUACCGCCCGGCUCGGAAAUGCUAUAUGGCCAGCCAUAGGGCAUGUAGCAAAGGCAAUUUUGCGAGCCGAGGCUGUAGUUAAUUAAAAUUAAAUAACGAAUUACAUAUACAUACAAAUAUAUCUAAGUAUAAAAACGUACACAAAAAUGUAGUGUGCAAAAUGAGCGCCAGAUGUAUGGGAAUGUGCACGUGUGAGUUGAAUUUUGUUUCAACCCAUAUUCAACACAUUUUACUUUAAAAAAUUUAUAAUUUUGGAAACGGU